UACGUUAGCAGUAAAGGGAAUCGGUGGGAAAGAACAGUUGUUAGUUACUGCAUAGACAAUACAUUUUGGAUUAUUAAAAACCUUGAAAACAGGAAUAGGGGGAUUAUUCAAUUGAAUAAUCAUGAACGGGUGGACCGUUUCCGUUCUUAUUGCAUGUGUUGUCUACGUGUCGGGGCAGGACCCACAGGCGGGUGCGGAUGCCGGAAGUAGUCAUAGCAGCGUGCCAGACCUAACAUAUGUCAUGGACUCAAUAAUGACUGGCAGUCCUGGAGGAAGCGGGGCUGCAGAUACAUCUUUCCUCGAUAUGAGCGGUAGUUCAGGCGCUUCUCCUUCGUAUGAAGGCGGGGUUCCAGACAUCACUACUAUAACAGGUGGGGAUUCAUCAGCAGGCAGUUCCUUGCCCAUCGGAUCAGGGAGCACAGGUGCCCCUGCAAUUCCCGGUUUCGAACCGGUUCCGUAUGGACCCGGCGGCGCUGGAGAUUCUCUUGGAUCAAGAAACAUCCUCACAAUGGGUGGCGGAAGGGGUACGGGUGUGGGAGGCGGCCCAAGAGAUCCCAUGCGGGAUUCACUUGUGGAAUCCCCGCGUGACCCCCGUGGAGAUAUGGUGCGCGAUCCACGUGGCGAUAUGAGGGAUCCCCGUGGAGAUAUGAUGCGCGAUUCACGUGGUGGUAUGAGGGAUUCCCGUGGAGAUAUGGUGCGCGAUCCACGUGGCGAUAUGAGGAGGGAUCCACGUGGAGAUAUGGUGCGCGAUCCACGUGGCGAUAUGAGGAGGGACCCACGUGGAGAUAUGGUGCGCGAUUCACGUGGUGGUAUGAGGGAUCCCCGUGGAGAUAUGGUGCGCGAUCCACGUGGUGAUAUGGGGAGGGAUCCCCGUGGAGAUAUGGUGCGCGAUUCACGUGGUGGUAUGAGGGAUCCCCGUGGAGAUAUGGUGCGCGAUUCAAGAGGCAGGUCGGAUACGUUCAGAGAUAGCAGCAUAGGAUUCGUUCCAGUUGACCCACGUGACAGGUUCCCUGCAGUUGAUACACGUGACAUAACAGGUGGUGGUCGUGGUGGUGAUGUUGGUGCCCCACUUGACAGGUAUGAUCCACGUGGAAGUCCCUCUGGUGGAUUCGACCGAGCUGACAGAGGUGGCAGGACCACUGGGUUCGAUUCACGUGACAGUUUAGCUGGCGGUGGUGCCCCACGCGACAGGAUUGAUUCACGUGAUAGAGCCCGAUUCCCCGAUGCACGGGAUUCUCGUGGUCCAUCGCGAUUUGACCGACGUGAUUUUCCUGAUCCCUUUGGAAGAGGAGGGUACGAUCCAUUCCGCCCCUCGUACCCGAUGUUCGAUUCAUUUGGACGACCAGUUUAUGAACCUAGAUUCCCAGGCAGGUUUGGAGGUGACUUCGGAAGGGACUACAACUCUUCCAGAAGCGGGUUUGGUGACUUCCGGCCGCCAUAUUAUGACCCACGAUAUCCUCCUCCUCAUAUGUAUGGAGGUCCGUUUGGUUAUCCACCAGCCCGCUUUCCCCCAGGAGGGUUCCCCCCACCAGGUUACAUGCCGGGCAGUGCACCAGGCUUCUUUCCGUCCUCUACAUAUCUGGGUGGUCCUUACGGAGGUGUCGGUGGUUUUGGUGGUGGUAUGAGGGAUCGUGGAUUUGGUGGCGGUAUGAGGGAUUUUGGUUUUAGAGGUACGGGUGCUGGUGGAUUCAGAGAUAGCGGCGCCGGCGCACCUCUUGAUUCGGGCAGAGGUGGAAGCGGUGGAUUAAGGGACGGUGGAAUUGGUAGCGGCGGUGGAUUAAGGGACAGCCGCCCUGGUGGAUUUGAUGACUCAGGCUCAGGAAGCUUCGUGGAUAGAGGCUCAGGUGGAAGCGGUGGAAUUGGUAGCGGCGAUCUUGGUGGCGGUGUAUUUAGGGACACCACCAGAUCUGGUGGAUUUGGUGACUCAGCCUCAGGUGGCUUCGGGGAUGGUGGAUUAAGGGAUGCCAGCGCUGUUGAAUUAAGGGAUUCGGGCGCUGGUGGUUUUAGGGAUGGCGGUCGUUUUGGAAUGAGCGGUACCGGCGGCGACAUGAUGAGCAUGGAUCCGUAUCCUCCAACUUUCGGAGCGGGCUCCGGCUCUUCCAGGAGGGGAAUAUAAAUUGGGAACGUUCCCAUAGGAAAACAGCGAGGUGUUAGAAAAAUCCAUAUUAUGCUUGCAUCAUAGAAAUAUUCAUUCUUUAUUUAUCUUUACUUCUUCAUUCUGUAUCGUUAAUAAACAGAUCAUGAUUUUGUACAAUUCCCUGUGUUUUUUGGUCUGAACGCUUAGCUUUGUAAAUCAGCUGCUUUUCUUGUGAUGACGUUUUUUAUGACUGAAAAAUACAUUUUUGUUCCCAACCUUUAAAAAUAUAGGUAAGAGAUCCUUUCCUACUUGCUUUUUUGUUAUUUCGAGAAUUUUCUUUUCAUUGUUUAAAAAGCAUUCAGUUUAAAUAGAUUCAGAGCUUUAAUACAGACAUUUUGGUGUGUUUUUUCAAACUUGCUUUUAUAUAUAUUUUUUAUUGAGACACGAUAAGUGAAGUUUGGCUAUGUUUGAUUACACAUGUGGAUAUCUAGAUCGACAUUCACCUUCUUUUCUAGUCUGAGUUUGAGACACAACGUUCAAAACCGCAAAUCUUAAUUUCAUGGUGAACUGAUUGCUGAUUGAAGAGCUAUGAGGCAAAUAUAAAUUAAUUGCUAGAUUUUCAUCCAUUUUUCUAAAUUGGACGGGGUUGACAAUUUCUUAUUUAUUUAUCUGAGAUGACUGAUUUACCGUUAAAUAUAUGUUCCUGCUCUUUUUUAUUGCAUAAGGGACCAUUUACAUUUGUUUCUAGACAAACCACGAACACGGUCGUUACAAUUCUCCUUUUCUCCAUAUGAUUGUUAUACACCAACACCUUAGAUAUGAAUAAACGCCGUUCCCGGACAGUACUGGAUUGAAACGCAAAUACAGACUUGUGCUCAACGUUUUAUUUGAGUCAAUAAAAUUAAGCGGCGGCGGAAAACAGGGGGCGGGCGGGGAUGAAAAUCUAGCAAUUCAUAUAGUGGCCUAAUUUUGAAAAAAACAACAACGUAUUUUACAAUAAUUUACACACGCUUUGUCAUUUAAAUUGUUGAAUUGAAGAUAUCCUGCGUAAACUUUAAAAUUCGCUUUCGGAUUCUGAGUUUUAAAAUCAGAUUAAAUAUUUUAGUGAAUAUUGACCAAGAUAAAGGUGAUUGGACUUAGAUUAACAAUACCCAAGACGUCUAAGACGUACUUUGACAAAUACGUACAUGUGUGUUUUACGGGAAUGUCUGAAAAUCUAAAUUUUGAGUAAGCCGUCGGAAAUACGCUUUCAAAUGCUUCGAUUCCUUAUGUCCUAUCAAAAUGUUAUUGUACAUAAAAACAAAUAUCAUAUAUACUUUGAACAUAAAGUCAAAGUUUUUUUGCAGAUUGACACAAAUUUGGAAUGUGCACAUCCAAUCGUGACUACUCGGCAAUCUCCGGAUAUAGCCGCGGGUGUUCCGAUUGCAAGCACACGUAUAAUGUAUGAAAAUGUAUAUAAAAAGGUGCAAAUACUUUUUUAUUUAAAACUAUGUACAUCAUGACUUCGUGUAUGGGUCGUUUGAUGUUUUGUGAUUGAUUAGUGGGUUAUAAAAGAAAUAAAUCUUUGUGAAAGA